AUAGCGUUUUUUAAAGUCGAAUUGAUACGAGAAUCAUCUUCUCGAUUUAACCUCUCUUCUUCACCCUUCAGUCUCCUCUCCUCAAAUUCCCGCCGCCAGUGUGGGAUAAUUAGGGCAACAGGGAAAAUAUGAGGUUGGAAAAAUGCUGGUUCUGUUCUUCUACAGUUUACCCGGGCCAUGGGAUUCAGUAUGUUCGUAAUGAUGCGAAGAUCUUUAGAUUUUGUCGAUCUAAGUGCCAUAAGAACUUCAAAAUGAAGAGGAAUCCCCGGAAAGUAAAAUGGACCAAGGCUUACAGACGGUUGCACGGAAAGGACAUGACACAGGAUUCGACCUUUGAGUUUGAGAGGAAGCGGAAUAGACCUGAGAGAUACGAUAGGAAUGUGACUGAGAACACUCUCAAGGCCAUCAAGAAAAUCGACAAAGUCAGAGUCGACAGAGAGGCCAGACACAUUGCUAAGAGACUGAAGCCGAAGAAGGCCCAGUUGCAGAGGGAGGCAGCAAGGGAACUGGAACAGAGCAUUUCAAUGGUCAAAGCUCCAGGUGCUCUUCUACGAGAUCCGUCACUCACCUUACCUGUCAAGGUCAAGGUUUCCAAACCGGAGACAGUGGACAAUCGUAUGGAGGAGUGAGUUCAGCUCUCCUACACUUUUUGUUCACAAUUAAAUGUGGUCCUUUGUACUCGAAGAGGUAUUCGUAUCAGUAGAAACUAAUGAUUCGACAUUACAACUUAUCAGAAUAGGAAUUCAUUUUGUUCGCUACUGUGACAAUGUCUUGUUUUCGGCAUCUCCUUGAACUCACUGCAAGUUUUGUGAUAUGUUUGCUUUGGUGUUUUUUCUUCA